CCCGCAGCGGUGCGGAGCCGCUCGGGCCGCGCCCCUGCCCUGCUGUCCGCGCUGCCCUCCGGGCCGAUGCGGGUCGCUGGGCUGAGGGGAGCGACGUAGCCGCCGCCUGCGCCGCCGCUCGGACCCCGGCCGGACCCUGAUCCCGGACCUGCCCGGGCUCGAGCUCGCCUGGCAGUCGCGGGGCGCGUCCCGAGCAGGCGAGGGGGCCAUGGCCGACCGCGGGUGCCCGCUGCAGCCGAUGCCUCUGCCCGCUGAGGUGCGGGAGAGCCUGGCCGAACUGGAGCUGGAGCUGUCGGAAGGUGACAUCACUCAGAAAGGAUAUGAAAAGAAAAGGGCAAAGCUGCUUGCACGUUUCAUACCACUUAUUCAAGGAGUGGACGCAUCCCUUCAAGCAGAGCCUAGGAUCCCCGGGCCCUCACAAACGAUGGCUGCAGCACCUAAGCAGCAGAAGCCACGGCCCACCAACUCACGGGAUGAGCGCUUCCGGUCAGAUGUUCACACUGAAGCCGUGCAAGCAGCUUUGGCCAAAUACAAAGAGAGGAAGGUGCCUCUGCCUUCGAAAAGACGGUCUAUUCUUGUGCAUUCAUCUGUGGAAACCUGCACCCCACCAGACACGUCGUCUGCCUCAGAAGAUGAGGGCUCUUUACGGCGACCCGGGCGACUUACCUCCACUCCGCUCCAGAGCCAUUCCAGCGUCGAGCCCUGGCUCGACCGGGUCAUUCAGGGCUCCUCCACCUCAUCCUCCGCAUCUUCCACCUCAUCUCACCCGGGAGGGAGACCUGCCGCCGCACUCGCAGGCCUCGUGGCCCACACCCACAUAGCAGAUCUGCACUCUGCCCCUCCUGAUGUCACCACUGGCCUUGUGGAGUAUUCGCACUGUGAGCGUCCACAGCCAGCCUCUGUGAGAGGCGUCCCUCGGGGGUGCAGCGGACGCCUCCUGGACACAGCAGGUGGUGUCCCUGUGAACAGCAGAGUGUCCUCCAAAAUCCAGCAGCUUCUAAAUACCCUGAAGAGGCCGAAGCGUCCUCCGCUGAAGGAAUUCUUUGUGGAUGAUAUGGAAGAGCUGCUGGAAGUUCAGCAACCAGAUCCAAAUCAGCCGAAGCCUGAAGGAAGCCAGAUGGUAGUGCUGAAAGGGGAACCUCUGUCCUUGGGGACACCCUGGCCACCGUCACUGCUGGCUGCCUUGCAGCGGUGGGGCACAAUGCAGCCCAAAGCCCCCUGUCUGACCGCCUUGGACACAACUGGGAAGGCCGUCUACACCCUCACCUAUGGGAAACUUUGGAGUCGGAGUUUAAAACUAGCUUAUACUCUUCUUAAUAAACUGACUAGUAAGAAUGAACCACUACUUAAACCUGGAGACAGAGUGGCGCUGGUGUUUCCGAACAGUGACCCUGUGAUGUUCAUGGUUGCAUUUUAUGGGUGUCUCCUGGCAGAACUGGUUCCUGUCCCCAUAGAAGUGCCAUUAACAAAAAAGGAUGCUGGCAGCCAGCAGAUCGGGUUUCUGCUGGGCAGCUGUGGUGUCACCCUGGCCCUGACCACGGACGCUUGUCAGAAAGGCCUGCCUAAAGCACAGACUGGAGAGGUGGCAACUUUCAAAGGUUGGCCCCCUCUCACCUGGCUGGUAAUCGAUGGGAAGCAUCUGACUAAGCCCCCCAAGGAUUGGCACCCGUUGGCCCAGGACGAAGGAGCUGGGACCGCCUACAUUGAGUAUAAAACCAGCAAAGAAGGCAGCACAGUGGGGGUGACGGUGUCCCAUGCAUCUCUGCUGGCGCAGUGCCGGGCUCUGACCCAGGCGUGUGGCUACUUGGAAGCUGAAACACUAACAAAUGUGCUGGAUUUCAAAAGGGAUGCUGGUCUGUGGCAUGGAGUGUUAACAAGUGUCAUGAACAAGAUGCACGUGAUCAGCAUCCCGUAUGCACUGAUGAAGGUGAACCCGCUCUCCUGGAUUCAAAAAGUAUGUUUGUAUAAAGCCCAGACAGCUCUGGUGAAGUCCCGUGACAUGCACUGGUCUCUCCUGGCUCAGCGAGGUCAGCGGGACGUCAGCCUCAGCUCACUGCGUAUGCUGAUCGUGGCUGACGGCGCUAACCCAUGGUCCAUAUCUUCCUGUGAUGCCUUCCUCAACGUCUUCCAGUCUAGAGGCCUGAGGCCGGAGGUAAUCUGUCCUUGUGCCAGUUCUCCUGAGGCACUGACGGUUGCCAUCCGCAGGCCGCCUGACCUGGGAGGACCUCCUCCAAGAAAAGCUGUGCUAUCAAUGAACGGCCUUAGUUACGGUGUGAUCAGAGUUGAUACUGAAGAAAAGUUGUCAGUCCUUACUGUUCAGGACGUUGGUCAGGUGAUGCCUGGAGCUAAUAUAUGUGUUGUGAAGAUAGAUGGUGCCCCGUAUCUUUGUAAAACCGAUGAGGUUGGAGAAAUAUGUGUUGACUCCAAUGCUACAGGCACAGCGUAUUACGGACUACUUGGGAUCACCAAGAAUGUCUUUGAGACUGUCCCGGUCACUGCGGGAGGAGCACCCGUCUCGGACAGGCCUUUCACCAGGACUGGGCUGCUGGGCUUCAUCGGCCCUGAUAACCUGGUCUUCAUUGUGGGCAAGCUGGAUGGGCUGAUGGUGGUCGGAGUUCGCAGACACAAUGCGGAUGACAUCGUGGCCACUGCGCUGGCGGUGGAGCCCAUGAAGUUUGUCUACAGAGGCAGAAUCGCUGUGUUCUCCGUGAGAGUACUGCAUGACGACCGGAUUGUGCUCGUGGCCGAGCAGCGGCCGGAUGCUUCCGAGGAGGACAGCUUCCAGUGGAUGAGCCGCGUGCUGCAGGCCAUUGACAGCAUCCACCAAGUGGGCGUGUACUGUCUGGCCCUGGUUCCUGCCAACACCUUGCCCAAGGCUCCUCUUGGAGGGGUUCACGUCUCUGAAGCCAAGCAGCGCUUUCUGGAGGGGAUGCUGCACCCGUGCAAUGUGCUAAUGUGUCCACACACCUGUGUCACCAACCUUCCCAAACCUCGCCAGAAACAGCCAGAGGUUGGACCAGCUUCCAUGAUUGUUGGGAAUCUGGUUGCUGGGAAAAGAAUUGCACAGGCCUCCGGGCGGGAGCUGGCCCACCUGGAAGAUAGCGACCAGGCCAGGAAGUUCCUGUUCCUGCCCGAUGUGCUGCAGUGGCGGGCCCACACCACUCCCGACCACCCGCUCUUUUUGUUGCUGAAUGCCAAGGGCACGGUGACGAGCACUGCAACCUGUGUCCAGCUGCACCGAAAGGCUGAAAGGGUGGCUGCUGCUCUGACGGAGAAGGCAAGACUGAGCAUUGGGGACCAUGUGGCUUUGGUCUACCCCCCAGGGGUGGACCUCAUUGCUGCCUUCUACGGCUGCCUAUACUGCGGUUGUGUGCCUGUCACUGUGCGGCCCCCACAUCCCCAGAACCUCGCCACCACACUUCCCACUGUCAAGAUGAUCGUGGAGGUCAGCAAGUCUGCAUGCGUCCUCACCACGCAGGCCAUCAUGCGGCUGCUCAAGUCCAAGGAAGCAGCAGCCACUGUAGACGUCCGGACAUGGCCCACCAUUCUAGACACAGAUGAUAUACCGAAAAAGAAGGUGGCUAAUGUGUUCAGGCCUCCCUCCCCGGAUGUGCUGGCCUAUCUGGACUUCAGCGUGUCAACCACAGGGAUCUUAGCGGGUGUGAAGAUGUCACAUGCAGCCACAAGUGCCUUGUGCCGCUCCAUAAAGCUGCAGUGUGAGCUGUAUCCUUCGAGGCAGAUCGCCAUCUGCCUUGAUCCCUACUGUGGCCUUGGCUUUGCCCUGUGGUGCCUGUGCAGUGUCUACUCUGGACACCAGUCCGUGCUGGUGCCCCCGCUGGAGCUGGAGAGCAAUGUGUCCCUGUGGCUGUCAGCCGUAAGCCAGUACAAGGCCCGCGUUACCUUCUGCUCCUACUCGGUGAUGGAGAUGUGCACCAAGGGCCUGGGCGCACAGACAGGUGUCCUCAGGAUGAAGGGGGUGAACCUGUCGUGUGUGCGCACGUGCAUGGUGGUCGCCGAGGAGCGACCUCGGAUCGCGCUGACACAGUCCUUCUCCAAGCUGUUCAAGGACCUGGGCCUACCCGCACGCGCCGUGAGCACCACGUUCGGGUGCAGGGUCAACGUGGCCAUCUGCCUCCAGGGCACGGCUGGCCCGGACCCCACAACGGUCUACGUGGACAUGAGGGCGCUGCGCCAUGACAGGGUACGUUUGGUAGAACGGGGUUCUCCGCACAGUCUGCCAUUGACGGAGUCUGGAAAGAUCCUCCCUGGAGUGAAAGUCAUCAUUGCACACACUGAGACCAAAGGGCCCCUUGGAGACUCACACCUGGGAGAGAUCUGGGUUAGCAGCCCCCACAACGCCACAGGCUACUACACAGUCCAUGGAGAGGAAGCACUUCAUGCUGACCACUUCAGUGCCCGACUGAGCUUUGGAGACACCCAGACCAUUUGGGCAAGGACUGGCUACUUGGGCUUCCUUCGGAGAACGGAGCUCACCGAUGCCAGUGGAGAGCGACAUGACGCACUCUAUGUGGUUGGGUCUCUGGAUGAAACACUGGAGCUGAGAGGCAUGCGGUACCACCCCAUCGACAUCGAGACGUCCGUGAUCCGAGCACACAGGAGCAUCGCCGAGUGUGCCGUGUUCACCUGGACAAACCUGCUGGUUGUGGUGGUGGAGCUGGACGGGCUGGAGCAGGACGCACUGGACCUAGUGGCCCUGGUGACAAAUGUGGUGCUGGAGGAGCAUCACCUGGUCGUGGGUGUGGUGGUCAUUGUAGACCCAGGCGUGAUCCCCAUCAACUCUAGGGGCGAGAAGCAACGCAUGCACUUGCGUGAUGGCUUCCUGGCUGACCAGCUUGAUCCAAUCUAUGUUGCCUACAACAUGUGAGCACCGCUCACCAGCUCCAGGGUUCUGUCCAGUGUGAGGCUUCCAGGGGUUGGAACCACGUGAAGGUGUUAGAACAUGUGAAGACACUGCAGUGUGUCCGUAGCCACCAGGACAAAGGACUGCAGUCAUCACGGAAUACUGCACCCCUUGCCCUACUUUUAGAGAUUCGUCUCAAAGUUCCCCAAAUCUUAUUGAGAAGCCACUUCCUGAAUUAUUUGAAGAAAUUUUUUAAUCUUCAAGGACAUUUACAAAAACAUAAAUGUCAGUAUUUUAACAGAUAGGGUGACUGGGAAAGGAAAUGAAAGGCUGGCCAUGGGUAUCAUGAGGAAUUGCAGGUGUGCAGUUUGUUCUCUACUGUAUUGCAAGUUUGCACUUUUUAGACUAAAGAUAUAGUUCUUGAUUUAAAAAAUUCAAUUAUUUAUACCCACUUAAAAUGACAAGUUUAUAUGUAGAACUUAAGCUAGAAAGAACUUGAGGCCCCAGUACAACUGAUUCAUAGGGAGGAACAGAGCCCAAAGAGGCUGAUGAGAAGGGCAGCAAGACCUGCCCACUCCUCCUACCCCGGCUCUUGGCACUCUAGUUACAGGGUGCUUCCUCUCUCCCAGUUUAUUGAAACAGGUGUGCCCGAUUAUCUGCACACAUUGUCACUGAUGUUCAGUAAGUGCAUUUGGGGCUGUCAGGAUAGAUGCUCUGUUUCGGAAAGAUAAACCAGCAUUUAGUUUUAAACCACUUUCCUAGGUUUGUAACUUAAUGCUGUUUAGUUAAACACUUGUUUUCAUAACAUCACAAUAUAAAUUCUUCUCAAUACAUGGAAGUGUACUGAAUGAUUUUCAUCCCAAAUCAACAGAUUUGGAAGCAUUGAUGACAGUGUCUGAGGUUUUCACAUCCUCAGUGCAGUCGAGCUGUGGGGAGAGCCUUGCCCCAUGUUGAAGGUGGGCCUGGUAACCCUCACUCUGGCUUUCACAUUUUGAGUUGUAUGCCUAUUAAAUUUGGCCAAACCAUAUUCAGUUAUGACUAAACCGAGUGAUAUUACAGUAAACCUAAAUCAAAGAGAAUAUAAAAUCCUUUAGAAACUUCUAAGAAUUUGAAGUGAAGCUCAAAUCUAGGACAUAGAGUAUUUUUAUAUAGCUAAUAAAGAGUAUGUUAUGAAGUUGUUGGGUUUUGGGGGGAACUGUGGAUGGGAAAGUUUAUGGAUCAUGCAUGCUUUAUAGAAACAACCAGGUUUUUCUGGAAUUAGCCUGAAUCAGUGCCUAACAAAGCUGUUAUUAAUUCUCUACAAUUUGAAAUUCUCCACCAAAUAGGUCUGGCUAACUAGGCUAACUCUUACAUUUUACUCUUAUUUGGCUACUAAUAGCAGGUGCAUUGUAGCUCUCUUUGCCUGUGGUGGUGGACUGCAGUUAGGAUGUUACAACGUACUGGAAUUGUAAUAAUCUAUUGUAAUUAUGUACAUAAUCUGUGUAACUUAUUGUUUGACAUACAGAUAACAGAUAUUCCUUAUAAUAGAAUGGCCGGCAGGGGAAAGAACUACCUAACCCUAAUCUUAAUGUUGUAGUUUUGUAGCCAAUAUUGUAAAAUUUUUGUAUUGAAAAGUAAGUGACAGUAAAACAAGGUGUCUUGUAAAUUAAGACUUUAAGAAGCACAUUAAAAUGUUUUAAGAUUACUCUCUGGGAAUUCUGUAUAUCACACUAAAAUUUUUUAUAUCAUAAUGUUAAUAAAAGUUAUUGAUUUUGUAAUUCUGCAUUUUGAAAUGUGUGAAAAGGUUUUUUAAAUGAUCCCAAAUAGGAUGUAUUUUAUUAUGCAUUACUUUUUUUCUGAAUAUAAAAGCAUUUAUGCUUACAGCAUAAAGUCUACAAAGCACAUUAAAGUGUAAAGAAGAAAAUCUAUAAUCCUACCUCUGAGUAAUUUAGCAGCAUUAGUAUUUGACGUAAAUCCUUUUCGGGAUUUUUUCCUUUUAAAAUUUUUUACAAAAUUAGAAUCAUAUACUUUUAUAAUCAGCUUUUGUACUUAAUAAAUUAGACUUUUUAAUAUGUUACCUAUAUUCUACAUGUUUUAAUGACUGUACAGGUGUGUCAUGACUAAAGGUAGCUUUUGCUCAA